AUGGGAGCGUCGCGGGGCCUGUGGGAGUGGCAAGAUGCCACGUGGCACCGGCUCAACAGCAAGGACGCCUCGAUCCUGGAGGCCGCCUACCUUCAGGACCCAGAGGGCGCUUGUCCGCUGUCGCUGGGCCCACAUGAGUGCUGCUACGAAGUGGACUUCUCGGUGAUGCAGCAGCGGAACCGCGCCAGUGGCAAGAUUCGGAACCUGCGACGCAAGGCGCGACCCACUGCCGAGCGCCAAGAGGAGCUCGAGGGGCAGCUGAAGGAGGCGGUGGAGAAGGCAGAGAGUGUGGCCAAAGAAGCCGCCAGUGCUCAGGCCUUUCUUCCUCCGCUGCCGCAAGAGAGGUCUGAGCAAAGCUUACAGCGCGAGCCCCUGGUUGAGGCGGAGUUUGGAUCCCUCGCAGCUCUGCAAAGGUCCAUCUCCUCGGGCGCGGUGGUUCUUCUCCGUGGCUCCUGGCUGGCCAGAAGAGAGCUCAAAGAUCUGCGAGAAGCGCCUCCGGAGGCCUGCUGGAGGGGUCCCUUGGACCUUGACACGCCGAAGCUGGUGGCUGUAUCAGGCCUGCAGGAAGAUCAGCCGGAGCGCUUCGAGCUUUUGAAGCGGCUGGUGGAUCUGCAGCUGCAGCAGCUGGACGACUUCGCGCUCUUCCUGGACACCACCUGCGCUCCAGAGGCCUCGGAGUGGGCGAAGCUCGGGGCCAUGGUGGAGUGGUUCGCCUCGCCCUUCACGACCACCUGGUCGCUGACGCGCUCAUUUGCGCCGUGGACUUGGCUCCAGCGGUGCCUGGCGCAGCUCGCCUCCAACUCCCGGGAAAAGCUGCUGGAGGUCAGCGACCUCGACGAGCGCCUGGACUGGGCCCAUAGUCUGCCGCUGGUGCCGCCAGCCUUCGACGUGAUCCUCUCGGAGAUGCACUUCCAAAGACCGAAGGACUUCGAGAUCAUCAAGGGCUUGUACAAAGAGGCCUUCGAGCGGGUGCUCGGCGCCCGAGACGAAUGGAUGGAUUUCAGCGGCUUCGGCCUGGACGACUUUCACGCGGUGCAGCUUGCAGAGGUCUUGCUCCACAGCCAAAGUUUGGUGAAGCUCGUCCUCGCCGAGAACCAGAUCUCGGAUCUAGGAAUGCAGGCGCUGGCCCCACAACUGCCAGCGAGCCUCAAACUGCUGGACUUGUCGCAGAACUCGGUGGGGGACCUGGGCGUUUCCGCGCUCGCCAAACACCUGCCGCCGAGGCUGCAGCAGCUGUGCCUUAGCUCCAACACCUUCGGUGCUGAAGGCUUGGAGACAUUGCUGCGCCGCCUGCCCAGCUGUUUGGACCUCACCAGCCUCCGCCUCGCCCGCCUGCCCUUGGGCCGCGCGGGCCUCUCCCUGGACCUGGGGCAGCUGCGCUCAGUGGCGCGGCUCAGCCUCGCGGAGGUUCAGCUGGGCCAAGGGGUGGCGGCGUUGCACCUCCCGCCGCAGCUGGAGGAGCUACAGCUGGACGAGAACUGUUUGGGCGACCCCGGGCUCAUUGCCCUGGCGCCCAAGCUUGCGACCUGCAACACUCUGCGGAGCUUGUCGCUGAACGAGAACGCCUUCGCGGAUGCAGGCAACUGA